CAUCAAGCACACAAUAGCGAGUGUAAAAAUAAUUCAGAUUGAAAAGGAAAUGCCCCGUUAACGUUUAAUUUGGUGGCUGUGUACCCCCACUUCUCACCGCUGCGCGCUAUGCCUGCAUACCACUCUGCUUUCAACGAGUUCCCUGAUGCAAUGCAAGCUGGCAAUAUGUCCAUCUUGCCGAUAAGAACCAAAAUUCGUGGUCCUGCGCCCCUUGCCGAUCCAGAGCAAGGAGAUAUCAUAGAUGAGACCCUUGACCUUUUUCGCGCCAAUUCGCUCUUCCGCAACUUUGAGAUCAAAGGGCCUGCGGACCGACUGUUGAUCAUCCUGAUUCUCUAUAUCUCUGAUUGCUUGGCGAAGAUUGGUUCUGCUCGUACAGUGCCAACGCAGAUUGAGGCAUCGAAGAUGUUGAAUACAUUAUCAGUAGACAGUUUCGCCAUCCCAGGCGAUGCUGGAUUCCCUCUUAACGCCCAUUAUGCCCCACCUCAGAGCAGAGCAGACGCGGAGUAUCUGCGGACAUACUUGACACAGGUCCGCCAGGAACUGGCAAUUCGUCUGGUGGAACGCCUGUAUGCCGAUGGGACGGGCAAGCCGAGCAAGUGGUGGAUGGCAUUCCAGAAAAGAAGGUUCAUGAACCGCAGCCUGGGCUCGUAAAUCAGAGCAGUUGUACAUUCCGUUCCGAUUACAUGGGUACUGUACUUUUCAGCAAUGGCAUCUAUAUCACUUCCAU